AUGACAGCGACGAAUGUCAAACAAACAAACGUACCAGGCACUGUAACAUUUGUUGAAGAAGUCUCGGGAGGAGUGCAAACGCCCGUGGUUAUGAUGACGCCGUCUGUUCCGAAAGGCUCUGACUUCUCCACGCUGGUGGCGUUCACACCUCCUGGGCAAAUGGAACGCACAGCAGUAUUUGAGGAUGUGCCGUUGUGGUGGAGGUUAGCCAGUCCACUCGGGUAUACUGGAGGUGUCGUUUCAGCGGAUGGGACAGCCAAAGUCGAGCCCAAGGGUCAGAGAGAAGAUUAA